UGGCCCUUAGUGGGAGUAGGGGCUGGUUUCGCGUGGCACCACCAUGGCCGUGAAAGAGUGGGACCACCGUCGGUUGUACUAACUCCCGUAGGGCGCUAGGCCAUACUAACACUAGUAGUGCGAUAGGAGGCACCGGUAGACGUAGCGGGUGUUGCCGGAGGUAGGGAAAUAGUACACAGAGAGACAUAUUCGGCACCAGGAUUCGUUCGUUCUUUCUCGAUUUAGUGGGCCAUGGCAUGCAGCCCUCCGCACAGCACCGCCUUGCUCAAAGGCACCAUCAGCGCGUAUCGGCCUCGACGUGUGUUAUUCACUCCCCUGCCGUGGUCAUGUUCCUGCCUCGUUAAGGGAAACGACGAGCCUCUUCUUCGGGUGGAUGCACUGAAAUCGAACGAACGUCAGCAGCCGUCGCACGUCGUCGCGCGCACCUCCGUGCGAUGCGAUGCUGUUCGCCAGUGUUCGCCGCGUCGCCAAAGCCAGCAUUCAUUCAGCGCAGGCGCGACCGCGCGGGCGAAGGGGACGAGAAGCGCUGUGGGAAGUGCUACUGCUGUCGCUGAGAGGCUGCGGCAGAGGAAGGACGGCAGCGCGUCGAGGAAUGGCGAGGGGCAGACGUCGGCGGGCGGCGUGCGCACGAAGGGCGAGCUUGACGCGCUCGAGACGUGGCUUUGCGGCGGGGCGGCGCACAGGGACAUCGCGAAAGGGGACGGCGGAAAGGGCGCAAGCAGACAGAAGGGCGGAGCAGCGCAGCCGCUGACGGCUCCGCCGCGUGCGGCGCAGCCGCGGCAGCAGAAACCGAGCGGUAGCGACCGCGUGAGCCCGAAGACCGGGCAGUCCGGCCGCCCUGACUGCAGGAGAGCGGCGGACGGGCGAGGGGCUCGUGGUGGGGCGACGCACCCCGCCGUGAGCGCGCAGCAGAGCAAAGCCAGUGAUGCCCCUCGCUGCCGUAGCAACGGGGACGGGGCUAUCAGCAGCGGCGGUGCCGUCAGCAGCAGCAGCAGCAACGGUUGCACGAAGACAGGGCCAGAAAUGCCCAGGCAAGGUCGGUCUGCUGGCGAGUCUGCUUCACCCCGAGCCGGCCGACCUAAGCGCGUUCGGAGCUCGUACGCGUCGCUGGCUGACGCGGCCAAGGCUGGCAUGACGUGGAUUGCCGGUCCAGAGGGGGUUAAGAUCGUCGGAAGCGUGCAGCGGUGGAGGGAGAGCGAGGGGCAGGAAAGGCGGGUGCUGGUGGAGCACGCAGUGGUGUCGCUGCAGCUCAUUCUCCCUCUCUCCCUCAUGGACAUAUCGCUGCGCGCCCUGUGGCUUGGCGUGUGUGGAGGUUGGCUGGGAGCGGUGCUGCAGGUGGUGGCUCGUGUGGGGUGCUGGUUCUCCCGGCUCAGGGCGUGGUGUGUGGGGCUCUGUGCGCUCAGAGCCUUGCACGAGGUGCUCUGUGGACUCAAGGCCAGGCUUUGCCCAGCUGAAGCUGUGGCUAACGGAGGAAGGCUGUAAAGAACGAUGUGAGAUGUGGCUUGCAGAAUAAUGUGAUAAUGCCGCUGUGUGGGAUGUGCUUACUUACUGAUCUCGGGCAUGAUUGGUAAGUAGACGGAUGUGUAGCAUAUGGUCAUUAUUUUGUAUAGAUUGUUCGUUCGUUGUAUUGUUCGUUAACAUAACAAAAUGCUUUUCUUCCG